AUGUCUAGCGCCACCUUAGAGCAGGACCUGGAGUGGCGCAAUCGCGUCUUGCUCAUCGUCGAAGACCCCAAAACCAAAGAGAAGCUGGCUGCCCAAUAUGUACCCGUCGCCCUCGUCCGAAAUGGUGUCACCUACAUCAUCCUCUACUCCAUGUUCGCCACCCUCCUCUUCGUCCUUCUCUGUGCCGUCCUGUUCAAGAACGGUCUCAGUCCGCAGAAGCGCCGCUUGCCCUUUGUCUGGGUCCUCGGCUUUGCCAUGCUUGGCGGCCUCCUCGGCUCGACGCUCAACACCGUCUUCUGGGCUUACCAGCUCUUCGGCAAUGAAUCGCAGAACACCAUGUUCCGCCUUUGGCUGUCCUCGACAGCCAUGCUGUAUAUCGUGCCCCUCGUCACUCAUUUCGCCAUUCAGCUUCGCUUGCUAUCCUUCUACCCCACAACUCUGGCCAGCAGGAGAAAGCGCAUCAUGAUCAGCAUCGUUCCCAGUCUCCUCAAGGUAGCCAGGCUCACCACCAUCAGCAUCACCCUCUCCAAUGCCGCCAGCUCGUAUGCUCGGAAUGGAUUUGGCUACGUUGUGUCGAGGUCCGCCAACGACACGAGCAACCUCUUCACGCUCAUCUUCCAGCUUGCCGACACCGUCUAUGCGUCUACCUUCCUUCUCUGGCGCUACUGGCAUCUCGGUCGUCGUGACAACGAGCUGAUGCAGAAAAAGUCGCACCCUGUCCUGCGCUGGUCCAAGCAGGUCAUGUUUGCGAUUGCUUUUGGAUACGUCCUCCCCACCAUCUACGCGCUGGCUCUUGUCUUGUCCAAAGCACUUGACCUCUCCGCUGUCGACAUGGGCUUCAUGCUCGUAGCCAAUGUCUACGUCCAGGCCUUCGGCGCUGUCCUUGCCUCCCUAUCGAGCGCCUACAGGUGGAGAGAGGAUCGCUUCACGGACGAUCUCGCUCCCGACAACGCUGUGCUUCCUGGCAUGCGCAAUGCCAGCGAUCCAUUCACCGCCGGCACCAUCUCUGCACGCGAUGCUCCGCAUGUGCCCGCCCUCGACUCACUCAUGUCGGAAAGGAGCACGCCAACUAGGCCCAACUUUGUCACUUCGCGUCUUCCAUCGCUGGAUGCCCGUCGCCGCGGCGCAAACGUGCUCACCACCCCUGCUUCGGAUGAAAGCCCGUCUGGCCUCUCCGCCAUUGUCACUGAUGGGAUUGGCGUGAGCUCUCCGAGCGGAAUCAUGGGCGGUGACAUAUCACCCAAAUCUUCAGGACCAUGUCACAACGAGCAUGGUGCCGACUCGGCUUCACAGGCGAUCGAGUUCCCUUCCGCUUAUGCCCUACAUCUGCCGCAGACCGAGUCGCGUCGUUCCUCGGACGCCACGCUCUUUGCGCCUUCUGGUGGACUCGACAAGGCAGACGGGCCUUUGCGAAAGGGCAGCAUCUCAGAUGGCAAGCCGAUCAGCCCUCCACAGAGUCGACCGGGAAGCAGUGGCAACGGACGCUUGCAACGUCAUGGCUCCGGCAUCUCUAUACCUAGGGACGGCAGUUUGCUCGAGGAGGAAGAGUCCGCCUCAUCACCCACGCCAUGA